AUGAUCUCACAACACAUAAUGCAGCGAGAAAAGAAGGCAGCCUCAAAGCCAUUUAAAGUUCUUUUCUUUCUCCACGUUGCCCGAGCAGACCUAGACAUUGAUAUCUCCCAGUUCUAUCGAGAAGAUUGCGACAUGUACGAGUACCUGACGGCGCAGCCCAUUGCAAUCAUAAGGCUUCACUUUCAUUGGGUAAAAGCCAAACAGACCAUUCAGAAAGUCAAGAAGCUUCAAUAUGACAUUCUUGCUGCCAUCAAUAACACUCUGUAG